UCUCGAAGAUGUAAAUAUAAAAAUUAUUUGAAUUUUUUUUUUUCUUUAUAUCGUUUUUAAUAUUGUGCUGAUGCUUUGGAAAUACAAUUACGGUUGUCUUCUCCUACAAAUCACACGCCUAACCCGUAAUAUAAAACCAGACGUACCAAUGGGGAGUAUGGCAAGUUUCGUUUGAGAUGAUUUAUUAGAUAAAAUGGCCCAAUCCGCCGCAAUUGAACAAUCCAGCACCGAACGGCUUCUGAAAGACUAUCAGAUGCGAAGGCGGAUUGAGCCCCGGAUCACCCUUAGGAAGCUGUCGCUGUUUUGUACUUUGCUAGCGUUGUUUGGAAUUGUAUAUUUUGGUUACUUUUGUUCGGACAACCGUUGUUCAUUGUCCUACAACCCUAAACCUGCAAUUUACUCGGAAUGGACUGUUAUGAAUAUAUUAUCGGCUAACAUGUCCGACCAAAAGAGUGCUAAAGAUACGGGCACGGGUGUAAGCUACGAUGACAUGCAAAAUGAAAAUGAACUACGCUUUGAUAUGAACGCACAUGAUGUUAUGGUAUUCUUGCAUAUUCAGAAGACUGGUGGGACGUCUUUUGGGCGUCAUCUAGUUCAGGACUUGGAUUUACAACGCCCUUGCACUUGUCAAAGAAAAAGGAAAUUAUGCUAUUGUUUUAGACCAAGUCGUAACGAGAACUGGUUGUUCAGUCGGUACUCGACUGGUUGGAAAUGUGGUCUUCACGCAGACUUUACAGAGUUAACUGGCUGUGUUGAUUCAGAAUUAGAUAAGAAUGAAGGGAAAUCGAUCAAAAGAAGGUAUUUCUAUCUGACGUUAUUGAGAGAUCCAGUAAGUCGAUAUUUAUCUGAAUAUAAACAUGUGCAAAGAGGAGCAACGUGGCGAAUGUCUAGGCAUUGGUGUGGUGGUCAUCCUGCAACGCCUAAGGAAUUACCCAAAUGUUAUAACGGUACAUUUUGGACGGAUGUUACAUUAAAUACAUUUGCCGAUUGUCCACAUAACCUAGCUGCUAAUAGGCAAACAAGAAUGUUAGCAGAUUUAACAUUAAUCGGCUGUUACAAUAACUCGUUAAUGAACAAAGAAGAACGAGACCGAAUUAUGUUAGCUAGUGCAAAACAAAAUUUGCUGUCCAUAGCAUUUUUUGGACUCACAGAAUUUCAAAAGUUGAACCAAUACAUCUUUGAAGAGACAUUCAAUUUGAGGUUUGCUGUGACGUUUACACAACAUAACACAACUCUUUCAGCAGUUUAUAAAUCAUUAUUAAACAAAGAAGAGUUGGAAAAAGUGAAAAAAAUUAAUGCUUUAGACAUUGAACUCUAUGAAUUUGCCAGACAUUAUUUGUUUCGACGAUUUGAGAAAUUACGAACUAAAAAUGUUAACUUUAAAGAACGUUGGUCUCAUUUAGGCCAAUUACCUAGCCAUACUGCAUUUGACUGGGAAAAAGAAGUAGAGACUGAAGCUGCCGACAAUGAAGUUAAUUACACCUAGCAAUAGUAAUAAUGCUAUUUAAACGUAAUAAUAAUUAAUGCAUCUAUUUUAUUUUUUUUUAAUACAAUUUUUUUGGGAAAUGUAGUAUUAAUAUAAGUAAAUAGGUAUUUGUAAAAAUUUGUAUUUAUAAAAAAAAAUGUUUACGUUUGAAACUUAAUAAAUAAUUAAUAAUUGAAUUAAAUUAAGUAAAUUAA